UUUUCUACGACUGACUCCAAGGAAACACGGCUCGUGUCUGUUACUUUGUUUCCAUAGCAACAAUGGAAUCCGCCGCCACAGCUGGUAAACGAAGACGUGGAACAUGCAGGAGACUGUCCCGCAAAGUUAAGUCCACGUCCACGCAGAUGAGGCCUGCUGCUGCUGCUCGGAGCUCAGCGGAGCUGGAGAACAGUCAGGUUUUGCCAGCUCUCCAUAGAGCCUGCUUUCAUGGAGACCUGGCUUCUGUUGGACUCUUGGUGAACUCCAAGCAAUGGAACAUCAACAACACUGAUCUACAGGGUCACCAGCCAAUUCACAUGGCUCUGUUUCUGCAAGGUUUCCCCAACAACUCCGCCUGCCUCAGAUACCUGCUGGAGCAUGAUGCUGAUGUCAAUGCCAUCACUGACAGAGGGCAGACCCCGCUCCACCUGGCUGCCUCCACAGGCCUCCUGGACUGCGCAGAGGUCCUUGUGAACGCUGGAGCAGAUGUUUCCGCAAAAGACAACAGAGGAUAUACACCUUUGGAUUUGGCCCGUAUCUGGAGCCACAGAAAAAUGGCCAGGUAUCUGAAAAAUUGCUUGUGGCAGGAAAAUAAGAAGACAGAAAUGGAGGAGAGAAAGCUGGCUCAAGCUUUAUACAGAGAUCUUGUAACACAGGCCAAAAGGGAUACAUUCAAUAAAAAGGGGCUUGUCAAUGAGAAGACAGCAGAAUGGGCAAACAAGAAAGGCCUGAAAAAUGUCACUUCUAGGAUGCAUCCAAGCAAGUACCACACCAGAUGCCUGUUCUCAGACCAGAGCCGUUCAAAACCAAAAUCUUAUGGGAGACUGCAGCAGAAAAGAGACCCUCAGGAAGACAACACUGCCCCCCCUAAAACACCAACAUGUGGAUCUUCCAGUCCCUGGAGCAUUUUCAUGGGCGUGCAGCCAGAGAAACCAUCUGCAGAGCCAGAUCUGAGACACAGUGUCACCUUGUUUUUUCACAGAAAUACCAGGCAGCUUUUCUAUACCACUAAAUGGGACAGCGAGCCUCACCCCAUCCCUAAACUUCCUUUGGAUGUUGUUGAGAGGGUGUUGUUCCCCAGGGCCUUCCGCUCAAGGAUUUUCGGACCAGAAUGCUUUGUGCCGCAGAAAAUUGAUGAGAUCCAGCAUCGGGGGCGGCCGCAGCGGAGACAGAAGCGGACAUAAGUGGUUACGCAUCUGGUUUAAGUGCUGCUGCCAGGUCUCUGAGCUCACCCGUCAGUAUGUGAGGCUUCAAAAAGACAUGGCGAAUUUUGGCCGACAGGAAAUAAACUUAAACUAACUCGUG